AUGACAGUCCAACAACUCAACUCGAAUAUUUCUGACGACUCGGAUGAUAUGGUUAGUUUACCAUCGGAGGAAGAGAUUUAUAGGCGAAAAUACCAGCUAUUGUUGGAGCGAUGUGAAGUGUUGCAACAGGAUAAUGAGCGAAUUGUGAAUAGGAUACACGAAGUAAAGAAAAUAACAAAACGUUAUAAAAAAGAUAUAAAGUUACUGGUAGAACGGUUGGAUAAGCAUGGAGAUCCCUUCAGAACAGCUACAGUUGAGGUAGAUGUAAAGCCUGAAGUCACAGCCCGACCGCCGCGUGCUAGUGCAAAAGCUCAAGCUGGUACAAAACAAGCUGACAAACAGAAUGCUGCAGGGGGCAAAAAACCUGCACCUAAAAGAAAAAGUAAAGCUGACAAGCCGGAAAGAGACCCAAAUGCCCCAAAAAAACCAUGUAAUGCAUUUUUCCAAUUUUGCCAAGAGCAAAGACCUGUAGUUGUAGCUGAGACUACUUCUGAAAUGGGGUCAGAGCCCUCAAAACAAGAAGUUACAAGACAACUAGCCUCAAGGUGGAGAGCACUUACAAGUGAAGAAAAAAGGGUAUAUGUUGCAAUGUUUGAAAGAUCAAAGGAAAAAUAUGCAGAGGAAAUGUCAGCGUACAUUAAGAAAGAACAA